UCGUAAGGUACUAACUGUGGUUAUCUUUCCCUUGAUUAGGUACUUGUGAUUAUUGAUCAUAACAAUUACAAAUGCUUCUAGGAGUUCUCUUGAACCAGAAAAAUGCCAUUGCUUCAUAACUUUUUAAAAAUUUUCCAUGGAAGUAAAUGCUCUUUGAGUAGUGCCUCAGCUGCUAUAACUAGAAUUCAUCGAAGGGAUUACUUAUUACAAUAUAUGACAAAAGUGGUCUUGUCUGAUGGCUCAUCUAUAACUGUGAGAUACCAUGAACCCAAACAAAUAAUACAGCUACCAUUAGACUUAUCCACAUUAAGUGAAGCAGAGGCCAAAGCAAGAUUAGAGAAACGGAGACCUAAAACUAAAGUGAAAAUACAAGAAGAAGAGUUGGCUUCAUUUAGUGCUAAGAAAUACAUACACUUAAUUAAAAAGAAAUAACCUGUAAAUAUUAAAUAAAGUUGCGUAGAAAUAUUAAAUAAAUAAAAUGAUUAUGAUUGAAAAGACUUGUCUUAGUUGAAAAAUGAUUAUGAUUGUACUAAUUAAACAAAAAAUUUAAGAAAAUUAUUUGUUUUAGUAAAUUAAAUAUUAAACUAUAAUAUUUAUAUAUAAAGCCUAU